AAACGCAGCAUAGCCAGUUCAUUUCACAUUUUCACUGCUACGUACUCGAUCAUCUGGCCAGCUGCUGCCAUGGCAACAUUGCCACAAAUGGCCGCGACCAAGGAGCGUCAAGAGGCGGCUAACCCGACCACGACGACCAGGACGCUGGUCGAGUCCGUCACCAACUGGAUCCGCGUCUACUCCGACGGCUCCGUCGACCGCCUCGGCCCGCCGGAAGCCGCCGCGUUCAUGGUCCUCGUCCCGCCGUACGACGACCCACGGGACGGGGUCACCGUCCACGACGUCGCCACGGACCAUGGCGUCGACGUCCGCCUGUACCUGACGACGACGACGCCGGCCGGGCGCCGCCCUGUUCUCGUCCAUUUCCACGGCGGCGGCUUCUGCUUGUCCCACGCCGCGUGGUCGCUCUACCACCGCUUCUACGCCCGCCUCGCCGUGGAGCUCGACGUCGCGGGCAUCGUCUCCGUCGUCCUCCCGCUCGCGCCGGAGCACCGCCUCCCCGCCGCCAUCGACGCCGGACACGCCGCGCUGCUCUGGCUCCGUGACGUCGCGUGCGGCACCAGCGACACCAUCGCGCACCAUGCGGUCGAACGCCUUCGCGACGCCGCCGACUUCUCCCGCGUGUUCCUCAUCGGCGACAGCGCGGGCGGCGUCCUCGUGCACAACGUGGCGGCACGCGCCGGCGAGGCUGGGGCCGAGGCUCUCGACCCGAUACGCCUCGCCGGCGGUGUCCUCCUCCACCCGGGCUUCAUCUUGCCGGAGAAGAGCCCGUCGGAGCUGGAGAACCCUCCCACGCCGUUCAUGACGCAGGAGACGGUGGACAAGUUCGUCAUGCUCGCGUUGCCGGUGGGAACCACCAGCAGGGACCACCCGUACACGUCUCCGGCGGCGGCGGUGACGGCGGCGGAGGGAGCCCAGCUGCCGCCGAUGCUGGUGAUGGUCGCGGAGGAGGACAUGCUCCGCGACGCGCAGGUGGAGUACGGCGAGGCCAUGGCGCGCGCGGGCAAGGCAGUGGAAACGGUGGUCAGCCACGGCCGCGGGAUCGGCCACGUGUUCUACCUCAACUGGUUCGCCGUGGAGUCCCACCCCGUCGCGGCGGCGCGGGCGCGGGAGCUCGUCGACGCCGUCAAGAGCUUCGUCGAUAGCCACUGAAUCGAUUCCAAGUUUGAAUCGGUGUCUGCUUCUAUGUCUGAAUUUGUGUCGAAAUCCUGUAUCCAUCUCACCGUCACGUAGUACAUGUCUACAUCGCAAUGUCUCUGUAGUUAAACAAGUUUCCCGCGCAAUGCAUACGUGUUUUCGUUUC